AGAGAUCACGCAGGCCGGGCGACUUCCCUCUCUUGCAACUUUCCGACUCUCUAAACAACACAGACAUCGGCCUCCAUCCACCUUGCCAGAAUAGUAGAAAUACAGUCCUCAUACACAUAUCAUAUAGACCCCUUACGUUCCACUCUCUGUGUCUGAAGCAAUGCCUCCGAGAGUCCCGCCGCCGUCACUUCGCUCGGUCGUUACGCUAUUCUUCCGCCGACAACGACAAACGGCGCACAUCCACCGUCUGUCGUUGGAACACGGACUAUCGGCACCAUCGUAUACCACAGUAGCGACUGCAGCAAAUGCACGGAGCUCACCGUGUCUUACCUGUCGCAAUAGUCUAGCAACGACGCAUGCAACAGUACCGCCAAUAUUCCAGACGCGGCACUUCAGCGCAUCUGCAUCCAACCGUGCCCGUCAUAAGAACCACUAUGAGGUGUUGAGUGUGGGGAAAGGGGUGGAUAAGAAGACGCUCAAGGCUCAGUUCUACAAGCUGUCCAAAAAAUACCACCCGGACCGCAACCCUGGCGACACAGCCAGCGCCGAAAAGUUCGUCGAAAUCAACGAAGCCUACUCAACCCUCUCCGACGACUCCCUCCGCCGCGCCCACGACCGCGACAUCGCCGCCCACGCCCCCAUCCGCGGCGGGCCCUCCAACACCGGCCGCCGCUCCUCACCCUUCUCCCACAACCCCUUCAGCAACCGCACCGACGCCCCCGUCAACCCGAACGACUGGAUCCUCUUCCGUCGUCGGCGGCCACAGCAUCCAUCCUCUGGCGCUCAUCAACAUCAGCAGCAACGACCGCCCGGUGCGUCCCGCAUGUAUGAUUUCGACGCCCACCAGAAGGAGCACUAUGGGUCAACUUUCAGCAGUACAAAUGCGAGCGCGUUCCAGCGGCGGGAGGAGGAAAGGCAGCAGCGGUUGUUCAAGACGCUGUAUUUCAGGGAGCUGCAGAGGGUGCAGAAGGCCGAGUCGAAGAUGGUCACGAUCACGGUUAUUACGGGAUUGACCAUCUUUUUUGUGUUUCAUUCGGGGUUGGUGCAGAUGAUUUGGUUGGAUGAUGCGGAGUAUGAAGAGCAGGGUGGGACGUUGCGUACGCCUACAGACCUGCCGUCGACUUCCGAUGCGAGUGUUCUCUAUGACUGGAGGAUACGAUACCGGACCUGAGCGCCUUUCCCCAUCGAGACGUCACAGUAAAUCCUGCACCCCCAAAUUUUGUAUCUUGUACAUAUCUCCAUAUACCAUCUUGCACUUACUCCCAUCGAACAAAUUCUUAUGAGUGCCCUCGAAUUGGG